CGCAUCUUCAACGCCCAACCGCCGAACUGACACAACUCAAAUAAGUUCUUACCACCAAGAUCGAAACCAUGACAUAUACCUUUGCCGAGUCGUCGUUCGAGUCGAAGCGCGGCGUGGCCAUCUACACGCGCGAGUACAUCCCGACGUCCGACGACUUUAGCACGGUCUUUCUCUUCCUCCACGGCGUCGGCGAGCACUGCAGUCGCUUCCACGCGUUCUUUGAGCACCUUGCGAACCAGCCCAUGGCCGUCUUUGCGAUGGACCACCACGGCCACGGCAAGAGCGGCGGUGAGCGCUUUGACAUUGACCGCUUCGAGUCGUUUACGGAAGACAUUCAGCAGUACACGGCGGCGAUCCGCACGCGCUUUCUAAACAAGUCGGUCAAGUUUGUCGUGGGUGGCAUUUCGUUUGGCGGCCUCCUUGCGGCCAGCGUCGCCACCAUGAACGACCAUGUCUGGGACGGUGUCCUCUUGCUGGCGCCCGCGAUUGGCAUUGAGAUGAACGGUGUGCUCAAGGUACAGCAGUCCAUGGCACCGCUCAUCAACAGACUCGUACCCACGUGGAAGCUCGUGCCCGCCGUCAUCCUUGAGCAUUUAUCGCGCAACCCCGACUUUGUCAAGGACUAUGACAGCGACGAGCUCAACAGCCGCGGCAACCUCCGCGUGCGCCUCGCCUUUGAGAUCUCGCGCGGCAUGGAGAUGCUCAAGGCGCGCGAAGCGGCCUUGACAGCGCCGCUUCUCAUCCUUCACGGCGACAAGGAUGUGGUCACGAGUCCUCGCCUCUCCAAGGAGUUUUUUGACCGCGUUCCGUCGACGAAGAAGACGUACGCGAGCCUCCCAGGCCAGUUUCACUGCAUCAUCAACGAGCCCGAACGCGACGACAACCUUGCGCUCAUGACCGAUUGGAUCCAGCGCUUGUAAAGUAAUCGAAUGUAAUAGCUAAAGGUACAAAGUUGUGUCGCUC